UGUGGAGUCAUGCAGGGAGAGUGUAGCCAGAGUGUAGCCGCAGUGUAGCCGCAGUAUAGCCAGAGUGUAGCCACAGUGUGCGGUGCGUCUCAGUGGCGGCCACACUCAUCUUAUCAUCACCAUCACCUCCCACAAGUUACAAGAUGACGAGUAAGGGCCGGGCGCUGAAGAUGGUGGCGGUGGGUGACGGAGCCGUCGGCAAGACCUGCCUCCUUAUCUCCUACACCCAGGGGUCGUUCAACGAGAGCUACGUGCCGACAGUGUUCGACAACUACGCCGGGACCAUCAUGGUGGACGACAAGGAGUACUGCUACACCCUGUGGGACACUGCCGGCCAGGAGGGCUUCGACAAGUGCCGCGUCCUCUCCUACACCCAGACAAGCGUUUUCUUGGUGUGUUUUGAGCUGGUGAACCGAACGUCUCUGGAGAACGUGAAGACGGUGUGGGUGCCGGAGGUGAGGCGCGAGUGUGGCAAGAGUGUCCCCGCGGUGCUUGUGGGGACCAAGUUAGACCUGCGUGAGGCCACGUCUCCUCAUCUGACAGUGAAGAAGGCCGAGGGCAAGAAGGUGGCUCACUCCCUCAAGAUGAACGCGUAUGUGGAGUGCUCGGCCAAGACCAUGGAAGGCUGCGAGGCCGUCUUCCAGGCGGCGGUCAGAGCAGCCAACCAGCCGUAUAAGGUGGACGGACCACAGUGCAGACUACUCUGAGUCAACUCUGCCCUCACGCUCCCUCAUGAACUUAUUCCACCACCAAAUGUCAUUUACAUUUGAGUAGUCUAACCUCAGAUUGGAUGUCCAGUUUUAACUUUAAAAUUCUCUUCAGAAGAUACCCCCUUCAUUUGUACUGUUUAAUAUCAUAGAAGAAAAUGUGAGAAUCACGUUAUGAUGAAACUUGGGUUAUACUUCUACAACACACACUCUGCCCCUGCUCCUCCACCACAUACUCUGCCCCUGCUCCUCCACCACAUACUCUGGCCCUGCUCCUCCACCACAUACUCUGCCCCUGCUCCUCCACCACAUACUCUGCCCCUGCUCCUCCACCACA